AUGCGUACCAGCCGGUAUAUUGAAUUUGCGCGAUGGACGUGCUGGCUCCCCCGGCCUAGUUGCACUCGAUGCCGCAGACAAAAGAUCAAGUGUACUGGAUCUCAGCCAUGCGAUGGCUCCACCAAGCGAAAAUUAACUUGCGUCUUUGAUGGUCGUGACCCAAAGACUCUAGUCAUCACUUGUUGGGAAUGCCGAAUCUUGGCUUCAUUAUGGGCUCGAGGGUUCUGCAACAUGUUUGACGAACCUGUUAUCGUCGGGGCCACCGGCAUUUAUGUCAGCCGAGAAUGGGCGGACCUGUGCGUUAAGACUCCUUUUAGAAGAAUUCAUCGUACUAACCAGAAUUCUAGUUUACCUGGGAACACCAUCGAAUUGGUCAUUUACUCGCAGGGUCUUAGUCUAAUUCAUGAGCAUCUUUACCAAGAAGCUCUGCCCACAGGCGCAUUGCUUUUCGAUGGCGCAACUGAUGAUCUCGGCUGGGACGGAUUGCAGGCCGCUCACAAUGCGGACACUCCGCCUGUACCGAAAUUUGACCACGCAAUAUACUUGAUCAAUACUGUCAAGUUCCGCUGUGAAAAAUUGUACCAUCUCUUCGAUGAAAUCGAGUUUAUGCGCAACCUCUACGAGUUCCAUUCAGUAUCCAAGCUGAAUGUGACCGGCAGCUUAUGGUACAUCCACUUCCUUCUGAUCAUUGCCUUUCGGAAGGCAUUUCAAUGUAACAAGCCGGCUGGUGCAGAGCUAUUUGUGAACACACUUCAUUUAUUGCCCGAGGUCAGUGUUCUUCAUCAGGAGCCGAUAGAGUCGACUGAAAUCCUAUGUUGCGCUGCGCUCUAUUUACAAGCUCUAUGA